AUGUCUGGUUGGGCCUCCAAGUUGACGUCCUUGGGUCAUUCCAAGUCGGAGGACAAGGACGAGACGUCACUCACUACACUUCUCGAUGCAGACCAAUGCGCGGAUUUGACUUUCUUGAUAGCCACUAUCACGGCAUCUAUGCGACAGUCCUUGGUCGACACCUUCACUGCUGAAGAAUUUCCAAUCGAUUCAGAGACUGCCAAAUCGGAAGAAGAAGUACUACAAGACGCACCCUCCAACCUCGACGAUGUCGACGUUGCCAAGGAAGACAAGAUAAAGAAAGAGAGGGAAGCACGCGAAGAAGAUGCAAGAAAAGAGCUCGCGCAACCUGAAGUGCAAGAGUUGAAGAAGGAAAUGUUGAAGUACUUCGAUGGGUGGCGAGGCAACGUCAUCAGCAGAAUUGGGGAGGUGGUCAAUUCGAAAGAAAAGGCCAAGGAGCAGACACGUCAGGUCGAAGGCGAUAAGGUUGAACAAAUCGCGAAGAAGUCCGAGACUGGCCUCAAGAGCAUCAAGAAGCUUGACGGGAAGGACGAGGACGAGGACAAGAUGUUCAAGGACCUCUAUCCGCCCGUUUCCAACGCCCUCACUCAGCUGGAAGAAAGCAAGCGAGCCCUUAUACUACACUCGCUCGUGCUUAUACUGCUCAGUCUGGAGCACUACUCAGCACAUUCUCGCGUCCUGAUUCUCUAUCUCACAAGUUCUCUCGGGCUGAGUAGAGCCGUCCUGAAGAAAGAUGAGGAGACUGUCGCCCAAGGUCUUCUAGAGGCAGCAUCUCAACAACUAAAUGCUGACGAAGAGACCAAGCAAGCUGCCGAGAAAUCACAAGCCGCUCGAAAAUGGAAGGUUGGCCUCGCUGGCGUUGCUGGUGCCGCGCUCAUUGGUGUCACUGGUGGUCUCGCUGCACCACUUCUUGCGGCGGGUGUUGGAAGUGUGAUGGGAGGCAUUGGUCUAGGUGCUACAGCAGCCGCGGGGUAUCUAGGUACUCUGGCUGGUUCUUCUGUCCUUGUAGGUGGGCUGUUUGGCGCUUACGGUGCGAAGAUGACGGGGCGCGCUAUGGAUGAUUACGCUCGACAGGUCGAAGACUUUGCCUUCAUCCCAAUUCAUCGUACCCAAGACCCGCGGCACCAAGACAACGAGUCUCGCCGUCUCCGCGUCGCGAUUGCUAUCUCUGGUUGGCUGCGCAGCCCUGAGGAGGUAUCAAAGCCAUGGAGAUACAUCAGCAAGGGAACAGAAGGUUUUGCACUUCGUUGGGAGCUUGAGGCGCUUCUUAAGCUUGGACACAGUCUCGAGACAUUUAUGACUAGUGCUGCUUGGGGUUAUGCAAAGAAGAAGAUCAUUGAGCAGACUGUCUUUGCUGCGAUGACGGCUGCACUGUGGCCGCUAGGCUUGCUCAAGAUUGCCACUAUGCUCGACAACCCAUUUUCGGUUGCCAAGUAUCGUUCCGAGAAGGCUGGUGAGGUUCUCGCUGAAGCACUGAUCAACAAGGUUCAAGGUGAACGGCCGGUCACCCUUGUGGGCUAUUCUCUCGGUGCACGCGUCAUCUAUUCCUGCCUUCAGACACUCGCUCAGCGUAAAGCUUUUGGCCUCAUCGAAAACGUGGUCCUUGUUGGCGCCCCAUGCCCCUCUGAUGCUGCCGACUGGCGACGCAUGCGCUCUGUAGUGAGCGGUCGCUGCGUCAACGUUUUCUCCAAAUCAGACUACAUCCUCGGCUUCCUCUACCGCACCUCAUCCAUGCAGCUCGGCGUCGCAGGCCUGCAACCCGUUGUUGGCGUGCACGGAAUACAGAACGUCGAUGUCAGCGACAUUGUGGACGGUCAUCUCCAAUACCGCUUCAUCACGGGCUCCAUUCUCCGCAAGAUUGGCUUCGAAGACGUUGAUAUCGAGGAGGUGGAGCGCGCUGAGGCUGAUCUAGCGAAGGAGAAGAAACAGGAAGAGGAUGAGCGGAAGAAGAACGAAGGAAGCAAAGGAGAAGGUAACGAAGAGAAGGAAAAAGAGGAGUUGGAGCAGGCUGUGCAAAAGAAGCAAGAGCAGAGUUGGAUGCAGGUUACGCAGCAGAAAAUGCAGGGCUUAGACAUUGGUGGGUUUGUCAAGGGUCUGCCGGGCAAAGUGGCACCAGGGUAUGGGGCAGAAAAGGCGGCGAAGACACAUACUGGUGAUUUCAAAGAUACUCAGUCGUGA